AUGGCUCAUUUUUGGGUACUGUAUGGCUUGCUGAGCUUUCAGCUCGGCUUUGCUCUGGCUCAAGAAGCUGACGUUCUUCACUACGUUGAUCCACUCAUAGGCACAGGCUUUGGAGCAGGUCAUGUCUUUGCUGGUGCUACUCUGCCUUUUGGUAUGGCCAAAGCUGUCGCAGAUGUCAAUGGUGAAAACCAGGGCGGUUAUGCGAGCGACUACAGCAAUAUCACCGGCUUUUCACACAUGCACGAUAGCGGAACUGGAGGAUCACCCUCGCUCGGCAACUUCCCUCUCUUUGCGCACCCUGGAUGUCACAAUGAUGACCUCGAUCAAUGCCAAUUCACGUCUGUCGAUAGAGCUACUCCUCAGAUCAAUGGCUCUAUUGUUGCAGAACCAGGAUACUUUGCAAUCACUCUUAACAAUUCUGUCCGUGCCGAAAUGACUGUGACGAACCGUACUGCACUCUAUCGUUUUUCCUUUCCCAAAGGUACUGCAGACAUGCCUCUGAGUCCGCUCAUCCUGGCAGAUCUGAUUGAUCUGCCCAAAUCUAGAAGUAACGGAUCAAUUUCUGUGGACCCAGAAACCGGAAGAAUAAUCGGCAAUGGAACCUUUAGUCCUAGCUUUGGCAUCGGAACAUAUGAUCUUCACUUCUGUACCGAUUUUACUGGCGCAAGCAUUCGCGAUACUGGUGUCUUCAUGAACAACAGGGCUGGCCCUGAACCCAAAAGCCUGAGUGUUGUACCUGAUGGGGUCAACAACUCUCCUGACAUACUCCCUGCUGGAGCUUGGGUGCGUUUCAAUGCGCCUGAAAACAAUGCUACUCAUAUCUUGGCUCGUGUUGGAUUGAGUUUUAUAAGCACUACCCAAGCAUGCUCGAACGCAGAGAAAGAAAUCUCUGGCUUUGAUUUUGACAACAUCCACUCUGCCGCACGUCAGGCUUGGACAGACAAGAUGAGCGUAGUAUCAGUCACACCAGGCAGUGUCAGCGAUGAAUUUCAGACCAUUUUCUGGAGCGGGCUGUACCGUGCUUCUAUCAGCCCGCAAGAUUACACCGGCGAGAACCCUCUGUGGGACAGUACAGAGCCUUAUUAUGAUUCAUACUACUGUAUCUGGGAUUCAUUCCGAAGCAUACAUCCCUUGAUUACACUGUUCGACCCGAAAUCGCAGGCUCUGAUGAUCAGAAGCUUGUUAGACAUAUACCGCCACGAAGGCAAACUUCCAGAUUGCCGAAUGUCGUUGUGCAAAGGAUUCACCCAAGGUGGAUCUAAUGCCGAUGUCGUGCUGGCUGAUGCAUAUGUCAAGAACCUGACCCAAGAUAUCGACUGGGCACUUGCAUAUGAGGCUGUCGUAUCAGAUGCUGAAGACGAACCAAAGAAUUGGGCUGUAGAAGGCCGAGGAGGCUUGGCUAGCUGGAAGUCGCUGGGCUAUAUCCCUGCCGAUGACUAUGAUCCAUAUGGCGUUGGGCCAUUUACACGCAGUAUCUCUCGCACAGUUGAGUACGCAUACAACGAUUUCUGCAUCGCAGAAAUGGCACGUGGUCUUGGACAUACCUCGGACCAUGAGAAAUACAUCUCGCGCUCAGAGAACUGGAAGAAUCUCAUUAGAGAGGACCAAAACUCCACUAUCAAUGGCACACAAACUGGCUUUACUGGAUUUUUGCAACCUAAAUUCUUGAAUGGUACUUGGGGUUUCCAAGACCCGAUCUUUUGCUCGCCUCUGCUCAACUUCACUUCAUGCUAUCUCAACCCGGAAGGUCAUGAAACGUAUGAAGGGUCUGCAUGGCUGUAUACAACUUAUGUUCCUCAAGACAUGGCUUCUUUGAUCAACACUCUCGACGGGCCAGAUUCAUUUGUCAACCGUCUCGACUACCUUCACGAGAGCGGCUUGCUCUACAUCGGCGACGAGCAAGGCUUCCUCCCAGUCUUCCAAUACCACUACGCCGGUCGUCCUGGCAAGAGCGCAGCAAGAGCACACUCUUACAUCCCUUCCCAAUUCAACACAAGCGUAAACGGCAUUCCCGGCAACGACGACUCCGGCGCCAUGGGCUCAUUCAUUGUCCUCGCCAUGAUGGGACUCUUUCCCGUCCCAGGCCAAAAUGUCUACCUCAUUACACCUCCCUUCUUCCCUGAGAUCAGCAUUACGAAUCAGAUCUCCGGUAAUAAGGCUACUGUCCGCAAUGUCAAUCUCGACACUGAGUAUAAGAAUAUCUAUGUCCAGAGUGCAACGCUCAAUGGGAUGCCAUACGCAAAGAAUUGGAUUGGACAUGAGUUUUCUGUUGAAGGGGGUGUGCUUGAGUUGACCCUUGGGCCGGUGGAGAGUGCUUGGGGUACGAGGUAUGAGGAUUUGCCUCCCAGCUUCUCUACUGGCUGA